CUUCACUGGCCUCAAGUGGCGCACUAGCGACUGACACUAAAAGUUGAGGCUUUUAACAACUGACACUAGAAGCUGUGGCUUUUAGCCUCUUUGUUAGCGUGCCUACUUCCGACACCGGAGACGCCGGUUCGAAUCCCGUUAGGAGCAGGUCGAGCAGGACCGGUUACAUACGCAUACACUGCGCAGCGGCUGCGCAUAAUUGACACAAACGAGUCUCCCACACUGGCACCGGCAUGAGCCGGAAGUGUUCUGAUGAACUACCCCCGGAGGAGGGUAUGGAGGUGGACUGUCAAACAGAAGACCUGUCUAAGUGUUCUUAUGACGAGCGCUUUUUGGAGCUGAGAGAGGUUAAAGACAUGAGGCUGGAGGCUGAGGCGGUGGUCAAUGAUGUGCUCUUCGCAGUCACAGGCAUGCACGUCUCUCACAAUCUCACCAGUGGAGUAGAUGUGGCUUAUAUAAACGUUGAAACCAGAGAGGGAAACCGGUACUGCUUAGAGCUCACCGAGGCAGGUUUAAGGGUGGUGGGACAUAUCUUUGAUCAGGUGGAUGAGAGUUUGAGCACUCAGUAUCAUGAGACUGUUUACUCACUACUGGAUUCCCUGAGCCCUGGGUACAGAGAAGCUUUUGGAAAUGCUCUACUACAGAGACUGGAGAGGCUCAAACAAAACGGACAGUGAGGAUUCAGUAUCACUCAGAACAUCUCUGCUCGCUAAUGGUUAAAUCAAGUUCUUUGCUGCCCUUAUCUUCUAGCAUUUGUGGUACCCUACCAUUAUCUGUUUUUAACAUUUGGUUUAUUUUACCAGAACUUCCAGGUGAUUAUUUGCCUGUGAUGUGAUAAGUAUAUAUCAUUGUAUUAUUUGGAGAGGUUUCAUUAAGCUAUGCUGAAAAAUAGAACAGGCCCAGAUUAAUACUCCAUACAGUAUUCUCCACUCUUCUUUCUCCAUAUAGUAUUACCAAACCUUCAACUGAAGUGAAACCCUCAGCAAUGGUAUUUGUGCUGUUGGGAAAAUGUUAUUGGAGCUCUGAUUUUUAGCUUAUCUAUGCCCUGCAGAAUAUUGUCAAUAUUACAGAGCAUGGUUCAGCAGUAUUAUCAUUACAAAAUAUAUCAUAUGCCUUACUACGUUGAAGUUUUAUCUGUCCACAGGAUAGCGGUUGUCUGAAACUUUAAAGUUGUGAUACAUAUGUAUCAACUCUCUUCCUCUUGCUUGCUAUUAAUGUCGCAUCAAACUUCCUUUGUGAAUGUAAGAAAAUGCCUAAUCCAUUGUUUCAUUUAUUGCUUUCUUUCUCAAUCUGUCCAAAUCAGCAGAAAGGACAAAAGAGCCAAAACAUGGCAGUGUUAUCUACCACCAAACCCCUUCCAAAAAUGUACCUAUUGGAAUUCUCUUAUGAAAAAUACAGAAAAGUGAUAACUCCUAUAGAACUUUCUGUUAGUGUGGACAUUUGUCUUUGUAUUAUUGGCAGAAGAGAUCAAACUGCAGUGCUGUAAAAUCUUUCCCUGCAAGUAUGUUAUAGAACAACAUCAUGUUUGUAUGGAUCUCAGCGCUCAUUUUUGGUUGUAAACAUUCUUUAAUUGUAUAUUAUCCAGAACAAACUUAUCACACCAUAUGUAAUUCCAAUAUUGGUGUUCUUUUUAAAGUUUUUUUUUUUUUGUUUUUUUCUUGUUCUUCUUGGGACAAAAUAUUUUAAGCCCUUGAUUUGACCUGUUAAAACACAAUAAGUAGUUCCAGUAUUGGGUGGUUUUUGAAGUAUGUUUUAAAACUUAAGCCCUUCUUUUGACUGAUUUGAUACAUGUUUUUACGUUCUAUGUAUUGCACAGAAUUGCACUAAUAGAAAUAAGGUAGCCAUUGUCUGACCUGUUUAAAAAUAUGCUACAAAUUUAUAUUCCACUACAUUUUUCUAUUUUCUCCCCAUAUUUGAGUUUAAAAGUAAUAUUAUUUUAUCAUUAAUAGAUGCAUUAAUACAGUAAGUUGGAUGGUUCUACCUCAUGUUGUAUUUUUGUUUUUCUGCCUGUGAAAUUGACAUGUUUCUAGCUGUUUUGAUAAGAUGGAGGAUAGUCAAAAUGUAUGCUGAUAAUGGGGCCAAUUUCAGCAAAUUCCUGUGGGGGAAAAAAUGCACUCUGUCACAAGCCUCCAGAUAAUUUCCUGAAAAUUUGUUCAAACAACCAGUAUGAAAGCGGGUUUAGAUGACUUUAAUGGCACAAAUACCCCCUGUACCUGAAGAAAUGUUGCUUGCUUUUGUUUACUUGUAAUAAAAAGCACACAUUUAAAUGUUAUUUUGAUUAGCUGAUUCUGUUAAAUACUCAAGUCAUAUUU